UGUGUGUGUAUGUGUGUGUGUUUGUGUGUGUGUGUCUGUGUUUGUGUGCGUGUGUUCUAAGGAGGAAACUAGUUGAGCAGCUCUAUUUGCUUUCUCAAACAGUAGACCUGCCCUAACACACAUGCGCGCAUGCACACACACACACACUCAUUUACCUUACAUCACACUGUUACUAAAAUACACACAGCAGUAAGUUUCCAACUGUUAAAGAGAGAAGACAGAAGAAAGCAGAAGAGGGACAUGAUGUGAGCAGUCAGUCCAGUCAGCAGGAUCAUCAUGUCCAUCAGUGUGAAUCUGAGGAAGAUCUCCAACCUUCCGGGACGAUCUGACAGAAAGGUGGAACUCUGCUUCAGAGGUUUCACCCAUAAAACCAGAGUCCUGCAGUGUGAGAACUUGGCCAUCUUCAAUGAGCAUUUCCGUUGGCCUCACUAUGGUAAAGUAAUCAGAGAUGAAGUUUUAUCGAUCAGUGUUUACAACUGCAGUAAGGUCUUCUCUAACAGACUGCUUGGUAAGCUGGUCAUCAGUCUCCAACAUGUUGUUACCACGGGGAGGCUGUUGCUGCGAGAACCGCUCACUGAUGCCAACUACAGCCCGACUGAUAUCUAUAUCGAGUUGGAUGUUCGGUAUCAUCCAGUUGAGGGAGCAGCAGGAAGCUGGGAAGGACUCGACUUCUUGAAAGUCGAAGACACAGAUGAAUCAGCUCUGGUCAUCAGGAAUGAUGGAUUUACUGACCCUGAAAGUCAGCAGACUAUUGCUCGUCCAGGUCAGUUGGAGAGAGAGGCUCGGCGUCUGGGGCGGAGCUUGGUCCGGACUGGGGAUGAAGAUGAUGAUGAUGAUGAUGAUGAUUUUGAUGAUGACCUGAUGGACUUGGAGGCUUCCAACAUUAUCUCCACUCGUCUUCUGAGUCGUUGCAGGCCGAUGUCAAGAAAUGUUUGUACAGCAAUGCCCAGAGUCCAGAGCUUUCAGGUGAAUGUGAACAUCCUGGAGGCUCAGAAGCUGGUUGGAGUAAACAUCAGCCCUGCAGUUUUCGUCAGAGUGGGAGAUCAGAAAAAACACACUGCGACGCAGAAAUCCACCAACUGCCCCUUCUACAAUGAGAACUUCCAGUUUGAGUUUCAAGAGACUCCACAAAUUCUCUUUGAUAAAGUCAUAGAGAUAAAGGUGUUCCACAGGCGGACUCUGGCCUUCCUGAUGACCCACAUUGGAACCUUUAAGAUUGAUAUCUCCACCGUGUACAACCAGCCAGACCACCGCUUCUACCAGAAGUGGGCUCCUCUCACCGACCCGGCAGACACCAGGUCAGGGGUCAAAGGUUACGUCAAGGCCAGCCUCAGUCUUCUGAUGAAGGGGGACGCCCUGAGCAUGGCCAGUCUGCCCCCACCCUCCUCAUCCGGAGCUAGUGAAGACAUAGAAAAGAACCUGCUGCUUCCUCGUGGUAUGGCUGCUGAACGUCCGUGGGCUCGGUUCCGUGUCCGGAUCUACAGGGCCGAAGGUCUGCCCACCAUGGAUGCAGGGUUGAUGGCCAAGAUGUCAAAGGCCACUGACCGGACGGUCUUUAUUGAUCCCUACGUACAGGUGACCUUCGCUGGACAACAGGGGGAGACGUCGGUCGCCAGUGCCACCAGCUAUCCAGUUUGGAAUGAGGAGAUUUCUUUCAUUGAGCAGUUUCCUCCUCUGGCUCAGCGAAUCAGAGUCCAGGUCCUUGAUGAUGCCAAGAUGGGAGAUAUCGCCCUGGCAACACACUUCCUGGACCUGCAGCAGAUUUCAGACCCCACCAGGAACGGGUUUAACCCCACCUUUGGUCCAUGUUGGGUGAACCUGUAUGGUUCUCCACAGAACUCCACCCUUGGAGACAUCCACCAGGCUUUGAACCAGGGUCUGGGUGAAGGAAUCUUCUAUCGUGGUCGAAUCCUCCUUGCUCUCUGUGUGGAAGUAUACUCCUCGCCUGCUGCCGUCGUCCCGGAUACAGGCCCCUCCCCCCUGGGAAAGGUGAAAGGAGCACUGGGGAAGCUGGGACUAAAGAAGAAGAGGAGCAGCAAAAAAGACAAGAAGAAGGAAGUUUCUGUGGCUACCAGUGGAUUGCUCGAGGAGUCAGGGGAGGCGGGAGUUGAGGUACCAGAGGCCGUUACCGUAGAGAUUGAGGAGAUCCACCCACUCCCUGAGGGCUUCCAGGGACAACGGGAAGACUUUCUGUUGUUUGCAUCUCUGUUUGAGGUCACUAUGAUGGACCCAUCUGUUGGAACCAGACCGGUGACUUUCGAACUCUCCAUAGGAAAUUAUGGGAAGGCAGUGGGGGUUAGGAGAUCCAAGAAGAGCCAGAGCAGAGAGGAGCUGAGGAGCAGCAGGGAGGAUCUAAAUGAAGAGGUGCAGGGUCUGCUGGAGUCAGAGGAGGAGCUGGACCGAGAGGAGGUGCUGAGUCCUGAACCUGAGAUCAGAUCUGUGUCUGCUGCCAUGAGACCCCAGCCCACCGAGUACAACAGGUCUUUCCAGUGUCUUCCUCUUCAGCCUCCCUCCGAAAAACAGAAGCCGUGUCUAUUUGUCUGGAGUCAGUUUGAAGAUCAAAACUUUCGUCUCUAUCAGGCAAACUGGCUCAGCAAAACGGCCGAUAGGCUGGAGAUUGGUCUUGAUGAGGUAGAACAUCUCUUGAGAAGGCCAAGGAGUAAUGCAAAAGAGCGUUUGGAGGAGGUGCUGCUAGAAUUUGUGGCCUUCUGCAAACAGUUUAGUGGUUUUGCAGACAGGAGGUCUCAGUUUCGCCCCAACAACCUUGACAGAUGCAGGAAGGAGUUUAUCAAGAAGAAUUUGGUCUUACUGGCCAGACAGGCAGUGAGGGCCAGGCGGAGGAUCACCAGGCGUACGGUCAAACAGAAGUUAAUGGAUUCCAGGAAACUCCUCCGGAAACUCCGGCUGCUGGCUAAGGAGCCUCAGACUACCAUCCCAGACGCAUUUUUGUGGUUAUUAAGUGGAAGCAAGCGAUUGGCUUACGUCAGGAUCCCUUCCUAUUCCAUCCUCUUCUCAUUGGUGGAGGAACAGAGGGGGCGGGACUGUGGCAGAGUCACCACCCUUUACAUGAAGUCUCCCGGAGGUUCAGCAAGUGAGAUCUUUGCAAAGCUGGAGGUCUACCUGUGGCUCGGUCUGGCCAAGUACAGUAAAGAAGUCAUCACCUGCUUGCCAGAGGAGUUUCUGCCAGUCUACGAGGAAGAGGAGGAGCAGAGGAGGCUGGUCCCUGUCGGGCAGAGAAAACUUCCUGUCAGUCUGUCCUGCCAGGACAGCAGGUACUUCCAGCUACGAUGUCACCUGUACCAGGGGCGUGGCCUGAUGGCUGCAGAUGAUAACGGCCUAUCAGAUCCUUUUGCUAAGGUUGUCUUCUCUACACAGUGCCAAGUCACCAGGGUGUUGCAUGAGACACUCUCUCCAGCCUGGUGUGAGUGUUUGUUGUUUGACAGGGUUCUGCUGGAGGGAACAAGGGAGGAGCUCCAACAAGACCCACCCCUCAUCACCAUUAACAUCUACGACCACAACGCCAUGGGCAGUGUGAAGCCACUGGGUCGGGCGUUUGCAGAGCCAGAGUUUAAAUCUGUGGAACAGUACUACCAGAAGCCCCGCCUCCGUUUCUAUGACAUCAGCAUGGGCAGGGCCCCUGCCGGCGAGCUUCUGGCUGCCUUCGAGCUCAUCGAGCUGGACUACUCUGGGUUUGGAGAGCCCUGUCUCCCAGGCAGUGUGGAGCCUCAGGAGCUGACCUACCUGGAGGAGCAGAGAUUUUACAUCAUCCCUGAGGGAGUCCGACCGGUUCUGAAGACUUUUAGGAUCGAGGUGCUGUUUUGGGGUCUGCGGGAGCUGAAGCGGGUGCAACUAUUUGAGGUGGAGCGCCCCAUGGUGAGGGUGGAGUGUGCAGGACGACAGCUGGAGUCUGAAGAGAUUGAGAGCUACAGCAGUCACUCCAACUUCAAAGAGCUGGUCCGCUAUAUAGACGUGGAGUUGCCAGAAGAGGCCUACCUCCACCCUCCUCUGACGUUGUUUGUAGUGGAGCAUCGGGCAUUUGGUCGGCUCGCUCUAGUCGGGACCCACGUGGUCCAGAGCCUCAUGAACUACACCCCACGCAAGUUAGGGGGGGAGGAAGAGGAGGAAGAGGAUGAGCCAAAACCAAAAUUGAGGCAGAAUUCAAAGAAGAUCAACCCUCUGAUGUCAGUGGAGCGUAUCGGACUCAGCGGCCUUUCAAUUAAACAGUCAAAGAUUCCCUUCAACCCCAUGAACCUGGUUAAUGAUCCUCUGAAGAAACUGACAAAGAAGGGUGAGGGGCUAGAAGAGGAGCCACCAGAAUUGGAGGAGUUGGACUGGUGGUCUAAAUACUACGCUUCACUGGAAGAGAUGGAGAGACAGGCUGCUGAGGAGGAGGAGGAGGCAAUGAAGGAGGAACAAGCAGAGAUGGAUGGAGGGAAUCUGAGCAUGGCGAACAUCGAAGAGGAGGAGGACGAGGAGGAAAUCGUGGUGGUUGACAUUAAGCCUCCGAGACGCAAGAACAUUGCCACACUAAAGCUGUAUAAAGGGGAUCUGGAGUCAGAGUUCAGUCAGUUUCAGGACUGGCUGCACAUCUUCCCACUGUAUAAAGGCAGAGUUGACAUUGAGGAGGAAGAGGAGGAUUGGGACUAUGACCGCAUCGCUGCCAAUGACUUCCUGGGCUCCAUUGAGUUACGGCUCAACGACAUGGUGCGAGCGGCAAAGUCAUCCAGUAAGUGUACGAUUGAUAUGGCGAAGGAUCGGGCCAGCCCUCGAUUUUCCCUUUUUCGCGCCAAGAAGAUGAAGGGCUGGUGGCCGCUGACCCGCCCAAAAACAGCCAAGGAUUUCGAGAGGGAGGAGAAGGAGAGGGAGGAGGCCAAGAAAAAAGGAAAGAAGAAGAAGAAGAAGAAGAAGGACAAGAGGAGCAAUAUGAAACAGGAGGAAAUCCAAUACACCGACAGCAUGGGCAACACUUUCCUGCUAAUGGGGAAGGUGGAGGCGGAGCUGCAGCUGGUGGCGUUAGAGCAGGCGGAGGCCAACCCUGUGGGGCGCGCCCGCAAGGAGCCGGAGCCUUUGGACAAACCAAAUCGUCCCACCACCAGCUUCACCUGGUUUAUCAACCCGUUAAAGUCCUUCAUCUUCAUCAUCUGGAAGAAGUUCAAGAAGUACAUCAUCGCUCUGGUCAUCUUCGCCAUCCUCACGCUCUUCCUCGGCCUCAUCGUCUACACGCUGCCGGGGCAAAUCUCCUCCCUCAUCAUCAAAGGAUAAAGAAUCCUGCUGGGAGUCCUCAUUCUUUCCUCCUAGAAGUCCCAGACUGUCUCAGGUUUCUGAUCCGGAACUGAUCCACUUAAAGACUGACUGAAGUCAUAUUUACUACUUAGAGAGAUCAAUAAAACUCGUGAUUUAAUAAGUUUACACACAUUUCUCUACUUUAGCCAGAAUCCUCAUUUAUGUAUUAACACAUCCUGGGUCAUGGGAGCAAUAAUCUGAAAUUUUGUUUUACUGUCAGAUUUAACGGUCACCAGAGGAAAUUACUGGACACCUAUUACUGCAUAUUUAAGUCCCACAUUUAUAUUAUUGUGUAAAUUAUAGAUUGUUUGGCUCUGAAACUGUCCUGCAGCACUGGACACAUGUGUAGACGAGCACAGAUCUGACAACACCACCAACUCUGUUGUAUAAAAGUCUAAUUUUGUUGAUUUAAAUAUAGCUGUGGAUGCACAUUUUCUAUUUUAAAGGUA